AUGACCUCAACAAAGGCCCUUCAGGUAGCCGUCGUCGGGGCUGGGCCGGCCGGACUACUGCUGGCUCUCAUCUUGGCUCAGAAUGGGCUCAUCGUGACUGUCCUCGAAGCAAACGAUAAGGUCGAUGACAGACCGAGGGCGCUUCUCUAUGGACCAGCCGCAUCCCAGGUCAUAAAACGCGCAGGAAUCCUCCACAAAGUUCUGAAGCGCGGGUUCUUGGUCAAGACCAUGGCAUGGAGAAAGCUGGGUGGCGAGAAGAUCACGGAGAUUGAGAACAUCGACACCCUUGACGUUCCUGACCACAUGCUUGCGUAUCCUCUGAACUCGCUUGCGGAGAUGAUUGUCGCCGAACUCGCGACACUGUCCAAUGCAAGUAUCCUGUGGUCCCACCGAGUCAUCGGUGUGUCACAAAACGACGAUCAGGUCUGGGCAGAAAUCGAUUGCCACGGUGAGAAACGGAGGAUAGAGGCGGAUUUCCUGGUCGCGUGUGAUGGUGCUCAAAGUGGCGUUCGGAAAGCUCUGUUUGGCCGAGACUUCCCUGGCUAUAGUCUGGACAAACAGAUGGUAACGACCAAUGUAUACUACGACCUCGAUAAAUACGGCUGGUCUGAUAUCCAGUGGACCAUCCAUCCUGAGCAUUGGUUCAUCUCCAUGAAGAUCACAAAGGAUGGAUUGUGGCGCGUCGCCUAUGGCGAUGACGCUCGCUUUACCGAGGAGGAGCUCAGGCAGAGGCUUCCCGACAAGUUCCGCCAGAUCCUCCCCGGCAAUCCUGAGCCGGAUCAAUACAAGAUCAAAACCAUGGCCUUCUUCCGCAUGCAUCAGAGAUGUGCCCCGAAGAUGAAGGUGGGAAGAGUCUUGCUCGGUGGAGAUGCUGCGCACCUGUGCAAUCCCAUGGGCGGCCUGGGUCUUACCGGCGGCAUCGCCGACAUGGGCAGCCUGGCCGACUGUCUUCUCGGGAUCUAUUCUGGCCAGGCGGACAUGACCAUACUAGACAAGUACGAUGAGAUGCGACGAAGAAUCUAUCGAGACGUCAUCAAUCCACUGUCCACCAAGAACAUGGAGCGAAUGAGCAAGGACGGCGAGUCAGUGCUGGCAGAAGACCCCUUUCUUCAGUUCGCAGCUGAAGCUGCGCAAAACCCAGAGGUGGCAGCGCAAAUGUUCAUGCGGGAUCUAGCCAUGUCUUGCGACAUGACACAGUUCUACCGACCUAGACAAGAUCAGAAGCAUUCACCUCAUGCGAGAGAUCGCGUGCAAAGCAAUAUCUGACUGAGGGCUUGGAAGCGCAGGAUGACUUGCAUGAUAGCUUCAAGUAUGCAGCCCCCCCCCACCAACAACCGGGCUGCCGCGGCUUCAUAUAGGACAUUGACAGCUAUUCUAUAUUUCUAUGCGUAUCUGACACACAUACUCUGUUUAUUUCCUGCCGAUUCAAGACACGCACCCGGCUUUUCGGACCUACAUACGCGCUCGAGGCUACGUGCUACGAGGCAUAAAACAUGAUAUGUAUCUGGAAGGCCGCUACAAUGGAGUUCUAGAACACUCUUUUGGAUUUGACGCCGGUGUGCCCGAUCAAGGGACCUUAUCUACAGACCUUUCGAGUAUGACCAUUCAGAGUUCA